AUGGUGAGCAUGCCCUGGUCGCACUGGUACCGGCGACUCAUGUACAAAGGAUACAAAGAUGCAGAUCCGGACUACCACUUAACCAGGACUGCAACGCUGUUCUCCGCUGUUUGCGCAGUCAGUGAAACGCUGGGGCCGAUGUUGGUGCUCUCAAACAACAGCGCUGUUGUGACCUUUGGAAUCUUCUUCAUAUUUUGCAUGCACCUGUACAUCAUCUCCACGCUGAUCGUUGACGUCUUUACCUGGAAUUUCGUUGAUGCGCUUCUGUACUGCUUUCUCUUCGGUUGCUACGGGCCCUCGGUGGGCGGCCCAAUGGGCUUUCAGUGGGGCGACGUUUCGAAGAUCCACCCUGCCAUGGCCGCCUUCCUCCUGGCCCAUGCCCUGUACAGUAUCUAUGGCAACUUCGUCCCGAGCCAUGUGCCCUACGUAGUUGCACACCGACACGCCGCCGGGAACUUCGCCCAAGGGGUGCUCCUGGUAAGAGUCUCAGCGGCAGCAAAGCUCGGCAAGGUUGUGGCACACAGUGGCUGCCCGGUUGUCAAGGGCGCUCCUGCGCCGGGCUGGCUCGGGGAAUGGUUGGGCUUCCACCUGCUGAUGGCUUAUUUCUGGCUAUGGAACAUGCCAAACCGAAUGCUCCUUCCAUUGACCUUCGACCAGCUUCAAGCGCUGGGAGGACGAGAGGAAGACUUUAUCAUGCUCCACUCCGUCCUUGUCUUUGAUGCCCUCGCUGCACAUGUGCGCUUCGAUGGGCUCAGCAGUUUGGCCCUGGUCCGGGAGCUUGGCGAGGUCUGUGGCUUUGAGGAGGGCGAGUGCACGCUGUGCUGGGUCGGCGGAUUCCAGUCCUUUCCAGUGCAGCUUUUCUCCGACCCCAGUGCAAAGUGGAAGGUGGUGGACAGCAAGAAAGGUGUUCUUCGGGAAGGCACCUACACGGUCCAGGACAUGGAAGAUGCUAGUUACAAGAAGCCCUCCGACUGCAGAGAUAUCAAAAUUGCAAAGCAGCUCUCACUGUCGCGCACCUUGGUGUGA